ACACCUCACACCUCACAGGCUCACACCUGGCUGGGUUGUCCGAAUGCCGUAGACGCUCUUUCCUUGUCUCCGUAAGCCGGCUGGUGCACUUCAACUGUUAAACGGUUUCAAUCAACUCUCCAUCUCAAACCUGCCGAAGUUUCGGACAUCACUGUGAACACUAAAAGGCAGAGCAGGAGAGAGAGAGAGAGAGAGAGAGAGGCUGAAGGAAAGUUUAUCAUGGAGGAAGAACGUAGCAGCACCCUGGAGACGGGUAAGGCAGAGAGAUCGGUGUGGCUGAUGAAGUGCCCCCUCGUUGUGUCAAAGUCUUGGCAGUCUCAUGCCUCCGACUCCCACCCCGUCGCUAAGGUUGUCUUAUCCGUCGAUCCUCUCCGUCCCGACGACUCCUCUUCCCUCCAGUUCACAAUGGAAUUGGCUGGCACUGAGUUUGCAAAUACGCCAAAGAGUUAUUCCUUGAAUAUGUUUAAAGACUUUGUUCCAAUGUGUGUUUUCUCUGAGACGAGUCAAGGAAAGGUUGCAAUGGAAGGAAAAGUGGAGCAUAAAUUUGACAUGAAGCCCCAUAAUGAAAAUAUUGAGGCGUAUGGUAAAUUAUGCCGUGAAAGGACAAACAAAUGUAUGAUUAAAACUAGACAAAUACAGGUAAUUGACAAUGACCAUGGAGUUCUUAUGAGGCCAUUGCCUGGAAUGGUUGGUUUAGUGGCAUCUGGUUCUAAGGAUAAGAAGAAAGUGACUCCUGUGAAGGGAACGGACAUGAAAAGAACAAGAAGGGACCGUGGGGAACUGGAGGAUAUUAUGUUUAAGCUCUUUGAAAGGCAACCGAACUGGACAUUGAAGCAGCUGGUCCAAGAGACAGAUCAACCUGCACAAUUCUUGAAGGAGAUAUUGAAUGAACUCUGUGUUUACAAUAAGAGAGGUACAAACCAAGGAACUUAUGAGCUUAAGCCGGAAUACAAGAAAUCUGCUGAGGAUGUAGAUGCUGAAUAAUUUAACACCUUUUUUCCUGAUUCUAUAUCAGAUUGUGCAACUAUUUUUCUUCUUUUUCUUCCCCAUAAGCUGAUUGUGUCAAAAAAAUUAAGAUGGAGCAACACCCCUAGUUCUUCUGAGAUCCAUGACAAAAUAAUGAUCCCAGUUGUAGCCAAGGGGUUCAAUGUAACAUGAUGAAGAGAGACGAGGCAUAUAGGAUAGAAGUAUAUAAAGACGUUUAAGAUCUCAGGUCUAGCAUUCAAGUUACAGCCCUUAUCUAUUCAAUUCUCAUGUUCUCACAAAAGCAUUAAACUAUUUGUAUUUUGUCAAAUGGAGGACUUCAAAAUGUACCUGUUGUCUGCUGACUGUGGUGGAGUUUGAUAACGUCUGAUUGAAAUGAAAUAGACAUGGUCAAGGAAUAAAAAAAUGUUUGUCACUGUCCUUUUUAACA